UAAUUAGCAGAUAUAAUAGAAAACUGUUGUGCAUUUAUUCUGGUACUUAGUGCAAUUUAUGUGAUGUUCUGAAAAGUUCAGUUCAGAGGAAUUCAAACUAGAAGUUUGGUUCUGAGUGUGGAAAGUGGACGACAGAACAGGAAGGACAAGAUCUCUUUUGAGUUGCUAUGAAAAAUAGAUUAGGUUGCGUUCAUUGUUGGCUCUGUCCAAGAUUCCAUAUUCUCACAACUUUAUAUCACCUCUUCUUCUCCUUCUUAUAAAAGCCUCCCAUAGCUUGCCUUUUUUUCUCCAUAAGAAGUAGAAGAUAAUUUGGUUUCUCAAGAGAGUAUAAGAUAUUAUUUAGGAAGCAAAGAAAACAACCAAAAAAUUUGGAAAAACCAAGGCUCAGCCUCGUAAAUUUUACUACAAAAGCAAACAUCUAUUUCCUCAGGCAGGAUAUGUUUCAUCACCCAACCCAAACAAACAUGUACGCUUCUACAAGAAUGCCAGCUCCUCAGGAAAGGCAGCUCUUCCUGCAAGGUGGAAAUGGCUCUAGGGAUUCAAAUCUUGUCCUUUCAACUGAUGCAAAGCCUAGACUGAAAUGGACACCUGAUCUUCACGAACGAUUUGUAGAAGCAGUAAAUCAACUCGGGGGAGCAGAUAAGGCUACCCCGAAAACAGUUAUGAAACUCAUGGGAAUUCCAGGGCUGACUUUAUACCACCUAAAGAGUCAUCUUCAGAAAUACAGACUGAGCAAGAAUAUUCAUGGACAAACCUCAAGCGGUGCCAACAAAACUGUUGUCAUGUCUGGCGACAAAAUACCAGAAACCGGUCCUUCCCAUACCAGCAGCAUCAACAUUGCCCACCAAACAAACAAGAACUUACAUAUAAACGAAGCAUUGCAGAUGCAAAUCGAAGUCCAGAGAAGGCUACACGAGCAGCUUGAGGUACAUGAUCCUGUCUACUUCCAAUUCAAACAGAAUGGCCUUUCACCUAAUGCGGAAACAACAACAGCUGCUCAGAAUUUACAGAGACAUCCUAAGAACAGUCGUGACAAAGAUGUGCAGCGGCGUUUACAGUUAAGGAUAGAGGCUCAAGGAAAAUACCUUCAGUCAGUCUUAGAAAAAGCUCAGGAGACUCUUGGAAAGCAGAAUAUUGGUGUAGUUGGUUUGGAAGCAGCGAAACUUCAGCUCUCUGAAUUGGUUUCAAAGGUAUCCAACCAAUGCUUGAACUUAGCCUUCGCGGAGAUGGAAGAAGAACAGCACGGGGUAUGCCCUAAGCAGCAAAUACAACCCCACAAACCGAUAGGGGAUUGUUCAAUUGAUAGCUGCUUAACCUCAUGUGAUGGACCUCAGCUGAGAGAGCAAGAUAUGCAGAAUAGUGAGUUGGGGUUAAGACCAUACAACGAUACCAGAUUCUUGGAGGGAAAUGAUUUCAAUGGAAAUCUAAAAGAGCAUGCAACAAUACUUUUCCCUACAACAACUCAACAGGACACAGAAAAGAUGGUGUUUCAAAUGGAAGGAACAUGUAGUGAUUUGUCCAUGAGUGUCGGGAUCGGAGGAGAUACACAAGAUCAGCUUGAGAAGAACACAUUUCAGCUCGAUAAUAAGAACUACAAACUUGCUCCAUUUAGUAGUGAUCUAGACUUAAAUGCCCAAGAUGAGCAUGAUGUUCCUUCAAGCAUCAGACACUUGGACCUCAACGGAUUAAGCUGGGCAUAAGAGUGACUUGAACAACACCAAAAUGUUCAAAAUUCGGAACCAACAUCCAUCGCUUCAACUAGUAUGGAACUUUCAGCAAUAUAACAGUUUGACAGCAUAGCCUUUCACAGAAUUGAAUGACACGAAUUUAGUCCUCUUGUACGCCUCCUAUACCAUUAGAUUUAUGAGGCUUUUUCUUGAUCAUGUGUUUCAUACGCUAAUUUAGCAGUAAUGGCUAUUCAAUUGACAGGAAAGACAGAAUAACAUAUACAAGUGUUACUUUUA